GCUUGCGCAGUCAACAAAGCUGUUGGCAACAAGCUGCGAUACCUCCUCCACCACUCUCACACGCGCACCACGACUAGCCACAAAUUCGCUCUGUACACCAAAACGCAAUCAUGACGCUUGCAGAGGAGUUCAAGUCGAGGAAUUUCAGUAUCUACGGUCAAUGGACUGGAGUGCUGUGCAUCAUCCUCUGCUUUGCGCUCGGUAUUGCGAACAUCUUCCAUGCAACCUUCGUCAUCGCGUUCAGCAUUGUUUGCCUAGUGUCUGCGUUCCUUAUCAUCUUCGUCGAGAUUCCACUGCUCCUUCGUAUCUGCCCGACGUCGCCCAAGUUCGACAGCUUCAUGCGGAAGAUCGAGACAAAUUACAUGCGCGCGGGCUUCUACGCCGUGUUGGGCGCUGUGCAGUGGAUCAGCAUCUGGCCUCAGGCCACAAGCUUGAUCGUCUGCGCCAUCUUCCUGACAGUCGCUGCUAUUUUCUACGCGCUGGCUGGCUUCAAGGGUCAAGCCUUCCAAGGUAGCAAGACCUUGGGCGGACAGGGUGUCGCCCAGAUGAUCAUCUGAGAAACGCACACGGCAAGCGAUACGCAAAGAUUGAGUGCAAAGUGAUUUGCGAGGCAAUCACCAGUGUUGAUCGAGGAGGCAGCCAGACAUACUGGUAAUGAGAGCGCAAAAUGAGGGCUUUGAAGAGCAUAACGAGGCAUUGUUUUUGGCAGUCAGAGGAAACGUUGUGUACCAACACUUGAUACCAGGGCGUUAUUCUGGGUUGAUAUGUAGCUUUUGAUGUAACGAGAUCAUCAUGAAUGGAUUGAUGCCGUUCAGCAACUCAAUGCUGAAGAGACAUGUCUUGCACGCAGU